AUGAAGAUCAGCAGCACGGUCGGCUCUCUACUUCUUGUUGCAGGUUUGGCUGCGACAGCAACUGAAGCCGGCAGUAGCGGUGGCCAAGGUACUACGUACGGCGCUGGGCGCACUAACUUUGAUGGGAACACACAAGGCUUGUACAUAGAUCCAACAAAGGAGUCUUUCGGCCAAGAGUCCUGGUCGAUGCAAAACAGUAUUGUAGAAGAACAGAACCCGCUCCCAUCAGGAUGGAGUGAGCAUUUUGAUCAAUCAUCAGGACAAUAUUACUACUACAAUUCUUUGGAUGGAACCACAACGUGGUAUAGACCUGCUCCAGCAAACAUGGAAACAUCGCUUGAUAGUACUUUACCAAAAAGCUUUGAAAGAGCGGAGACGGAAGUCAGUGAUCUCACGGGAAUAUCAGAGAAACAUGUCUAUAGUCCUCAAGAACGGCAGAAGGUUGAGGAUUCUCCAUUUAGUCAUCAACAAUCCCGGGAUGAUUCAACAGAAACAGUCAUCUCGAAAGGACAGUUUAAUGAGGAAAAUUCAGCACCAGGUUUUCCUGCGAAUCGUGAAUACCAGCGCGGGGAUAGUCUCUCAUCGAGCGUUCAAACUAACGACGAUGCCGAUGGACAGCGAUGGAAUCAACUAGACAUUGCCUCAGAGCAAGUUGAAAAUCGUGACUCCCUGCAACUAUUGAACGGACCCGAAGACAACACCGCUGGGGCUAUCGCAGAACGAAACGUCCCACGAAACCCAGGGAUAGCUCCGAAUACAUCAUGCAGAAACAAUGAUUCAGCAGAAAAUCGAGAAAACGUCGGUCGGCAAAGAAACACGUCUCCGAAUCGUGAUCGGGCUGUUGGCCAAAGACCCUCAGAACAACCCCAAGUAGGAGGCUGGGGACUUCAAACUGAAAAAGCAGAGGAAGUCGGUCGAGGAACGUCUCACCAUUCACCUGCUUUUAUCAAGCGCGAAAACAACCCUGGCACCAUUCCUCAGUACUCCCAAGUUGGAAGAGCAUCUGGACUGCCAUCGGAAUCACGUCAAGUUUCAAGUCUAGGAAAUAUCAGAUCUCCAGGCGACGUUCCAAUUCACGACAGGGGAAAUCCGGUUUACCAAAGUCACAUUCAGCCACAAGAUCGUUCAAGUCAGGCUAGUUUUGCGGAACUUGAACAGCGUCAACAAAUUGUCGGUGGCAACAGGAGUCCCUCCUCAAAUGGGCAAAGUGCCACUCAACAUCACCAGUCUUCGUCCGGAAAUGGAGAUCUUCGUUUCAAUGCGCCUCCUCGGUCACACCUUCCAAAUCCUACCUAUGGCUCACGUGCCGAGAGUCCGCGAGCGCCCUUACGUCGACCCCAGUACCCGAACUCCCAAUACUCUCAGCAGCAAAGCAGCGGAGAGCCACCUCAUGGAAAAUAUCAAUACUCGCAGUAUCAGCAGCCACAAGGGGACCCAAAGUCUUCUCAAUACAGGGGCUACAAUGCUCAGAAGCAAGCGUAUAACCAACAGCCAAGUGUCAGUGAUGCAGUGACAGGUGUCUUGGAAGAUGGGACAACGGCGAUGAAGGAUGUUCUUGGAAAGUCAUGGGAGGGACUUGUGGGCUUCAGUAGUCGAACAAGAGACGCAAUGGGUCAAGCACGUGACCAAGUUGUCACGGGGGCUUCUGUUGCAGGCCAAUCCAUAAGCGAGAAGAGCACAAAUUGGUGGGGACAGGCAAAGUCAGCGUUAGGUAGCGUGUUCGAAAAGAGCGAUGAUACGGCCGAACCCCAAUACAGCAUGUCCAAUCCCAGUCAGUACGGCAGACAGCCUCCCCAGAGAUAUCCAGAUAGACAAAACAACCAAAGCUACCAGGGACAGGAUCCGACUGCAUAUGGGCCGCAAGGGGGAAGAGCACAGAUGCCAAACAAUCAUCAGUACGAAAGACAGCCCCCUUCAAAUCAACGUAACUUUCAAGGCCAACAGAAGCAGCCCCAAAAUGGUCAUAUUAAUGCAAGGCCGCAACCAAGGUAUGACCCACCGUUGCCGCAACAAGGACAAGCAAGCCCCCCCCCACAUCCCUAUCAAAACCAAUAUCAAUAUCGGCCAAGACGUCCAAGCUAUACGGAUCAGCAAGGUCAUCAGGCCGACAGGGGACCCCAGCAAUUAUCCCAGGAGCAGCACCCAGAUCCAUGGACCCACCCAGGGGGAGAGGGGGGGGGGCAGAAAGAGGAAGAAGAAAAAAAGAAAGGUUUUCAAGAGUUCUUUUGCUCGACCGUGUUGCAAAUUCGGACAUUUGCGUUAAAAUUGGACCAUAGAGUGUCCGUCAUUCACUCCAAUUGGGCCUAA